UGAUCAAAUACUCGUCAUCACAAGAAAAUAUGACUGAAACUAAAACGAUCCAAAUUGCGACAACUGACAAUGCAAGUACUCCUAACUUGGCCAAUCAUGAGCAACACAUCGUAUUUGUGGCUGAUUUAUCAUGUCCAGAUGUUGAUAAAUAUAUAGAAACUUGUAACCAACGGAAAUAUUUUCGUGGGCCUUACCGAUGGAUUUUUUUACAAAAUCAAAAUGAAACUUCGGUGCCUCCAAAAGUUAUAGAGGAAUUGGAUAUUUCAGUUGAUGUAGAAGUAUUCAUUGUUACACGAAUCGACGAAGAAUCUUUUAUAAUAAGUAUGAUUUACAAAAUAAGUAGUGAUAGCAGUUGGCGUUCAGAACUUUACGGUUCUUGGAAUGUUACACAUGGCUUCCAAAAGAGGAAGGAUUUUAAUGAUGUAACUGCUCUGAGAAGACACAACUUACAGGGUUACCAACUAAAGAUUUGCUAUGUCCUCACUGAACAUGACAGUAUCAACCAUUUAACAGAUCAAGUUAAUGACCACAUCGAUACCAUCACCAAAGUAAACUUCCCAACGACUAAUCAUUUAUUGGACUUUUUAAACGCCAAUAGAAAGUACUUCUUUGCUAAUACGUGGGGAUAUCGCCUUAAUGGCACUUGGAAUGGGAUGACGGGAUAUCUGGUACGAGGAGAAGUUGAUAUUGGAGGAUCACCAAUGUUCUUCACAAUAGAACGUAUACCAUACGUGGACUACAUAUCAAGUCCCACGCCCACACGAUCGAAGUUCGUUUUCCAGGAACCGAAGUUGUCGUACGAAAAUAAUUUGUUUCUACUCUCAUUUCGCACCACGGUGUGGUACAGCACUUUGGCGCUAAUAUUCAUAUUGUUUCUGGCUUUGUUCCUUGUCACUUAUUGGGAGUGGAAGGCAAGAAGAUAUAUUGAAUCGGUAAGAGAAACAGACUCUGCGAUUUUAAGACCUAAUAUUGGAGAUGUUGUCAUUUUGAUCUUUGGUGCCACUUGUCAACAAGGCAGUCCUGUGGAGCUGAAAGGGUCUUUAGGACGUAUCGUAUUACUGAUAUUAUUUUUGACCCUGAUGUUCCUCUACACAUCGUACUCAGCCAACAUCGUCGCGUUGCUGCAGUCAAGCUCUUCAAAGAUACGCACUUUGGACGACCUUCUUCAUUCGAGAAUAAAAUUUGGAGUCCACGACACCGUAUUUAAUAGAUAUUACUUCUCUACUGCCACGGAACCGGUUAGGAAAGCUAUUUACGAGAAAAAAGUCGCGCCGCCCGGCUCUCCGGCGCAUUUCAUGACACUUGAGGAUGGUGUGAAGAAAAUUCGAAAGGGACUAUUUGCAUUUCACAUGGAAACAGGCGUUGGGUACAAAUUCGUGGGCAAAUAUUUUGAGGAAGGCGAGAAAUGCGGCCUCAAAGAGAUACAGUACUUGCAAGUUAUAGACCCUUGGUUGGCCGUGAAGAAGGACACGCCUUACAAGGAAAUGUUCAAGAUUGGAUUAAAGCGUAUUCAAGAACACGGCCUGCAGAAUAGAGAAAAUCGUCUGCUAUACGAAAAGCAACCUAAAUGCUCAGGAAGAGAUUCCAGUUUCGUGUCCGUCAGCAUGGUAGACUGUUAUCCGGCACUACUUGUUCUAUCUUAUGGAUGCCUGGUAGCGUUAGCUAUAUUAUUAAUGGAAAAGUUACAUUAUUGGAGGCAUGUUAUCAAAAGGAAGUUUGUUUGUAAACAUUGAUAACAAUAUUUAAGUAUAAUAAUAAUGUUAUAUAAUGACGCACAAAUAGUAUUUUUGAAUAAAACAGCAAUUUUGCAACGCUUUGAAGAUAGUAUUAAAAAACCCGAAUUUUAUUUAAACUAUAAAAAAUAAAGUUUGUCACAAAUUCAUUUUUUUUUUCGUAUAAACACGUACAUAGUCUUACAACACAAUUGAAUACACACUAGUAAAGAAAACAAACAAUGUUAACUUAUUAAUAUUGAAUAAGAAAAUAAGAAAAUAAAUUCUAAAUUAAUGUCUACUUAACUAUUAGUGCACCUUGUUAGCCGCACGCAAACUUACAUGAAAGUAGUAAACAAUAAAAUCAAUGGAUAUUGAAAUUGACUUUUAUUGGAAUGAUCGUGGAAAAAAUUAGACUACUUUUUAAUGUAAUCAAAUCGUAAAGUAACCGACCAAUUCUAAUAAUCAAUUCAGUAAAUUUAAGUCUAAGGCUGAUUUUUAAAUCGAUAGAUAGGAUUAUAUGUAUUGUUAUAAUAAAUCAAACUGGUCAUAUUUCAUACACUAUUAACGCUUUUAUUGUUUUUACUGAAGUUUUUUUAUCAUGCUUGCAUCGAAAUCCAUUUUUACCAAGAACGCACUACGACUCUAACGUUUUAUUGUAUGGGUAAAUUUAUAAUUGCCAUUGUACCUGCAACUAACAAUUAGCCGGCACGCCUCUACGAUUUACGUAAUGGUAGCUAAUGAUUUUCUAAACUUAUUAAUUACACGUAUUCUAGAGGUAAAUGCACAUUUACUUUGCGUCUUCGCAAUGGGUGCCAUUUUGUUUAUUAUUUUAAAUGCUAUCACUUUUUCGAAAGCAAACGAAG